AUGGAGAACUUUAAAAUGUCCCGCCUGUUGUCUGCUCUGGGAACGUGGAGUCGGUCUGCAGCUGAUGAUCUUGAGUGCUUGGGCUGCGUGGCGUUUCUGAGCAGCGAGGGAGAAACGCGGGCCAGCGUGUUGGCGGACGGGCAUGCGGUGGGCCGCUUUCCAAGCAGGCCGUACCUGCUCGAGUACAUGGCAGGUGAAGAUAAUAGAAAAGUAAUAAUCCAGACUGAACUUCAAGCCGGCGUUCUGUAUAUGCCCAACAAGUGCUUUUUCCCCUUGAUGGACGCGUUCUGCUUGGUCGGGUUGCAACCAACGGAAGCUGCCAAGAAAAAAAUAAAAUUUGGGCGGUCGCGAAAUGCUGGCGCCGGUGGGCACAGCGGUGCGGAAAGGGAAGUGACGUUCAUCGGGCUGCAGGUGACAAAACAAAACACCCACCACACCACUGCCGGUAAGGUGGCUGCGUUUCUGAAGUACAUGACGUGCAACUUCAAGGGCUGGGAGGCGCUGAGGGAAAAGAUGAAGUGGUAG